GCCUUCCUACUUCAUAUAGUCUAAAGCCAAGUUUUUUAUCCUACUUUCCUCACCCAUGGCCACAUUUCGCAAAAACCACCUCACGCCAUACCUGACAUCUGAACUUCUUCUGCACCUCUUUCUUCUUCUUCCUCUUGCAUCAGGGUCAAUCCAUGAGCUCCUCGUCAGCCAAGGCUUGCCGGCCGGACUUUUCCCUAAAGAUGUAGUAAAAUCAUAUGAUCUUGAUGAAGAUGGGCUUCUUCAGGUUUACUUGGACAAGCCAUGUGUGGCCAAGUUUGAGACCAGGGUUUUCUUUGACAGCGUGGUUAGAGCUAAUCUUACCUACGGUGGACUUACCGGGGUGGAGGGUUUGUCUCAACAAGAGCUGUUUUUGUGGUUGCCUGUGAAAGAUAUCAUAGUUUAUGAUCCUUCUUCCGGCCUCAUUCUCUUUGAUAUUGGCUUGGCUCACAGACAGAUGUCCCUUUCUCUCUUUGAAGAGCCUCCAGUUUGCAAUCCUCAAAAUGAGGUGCAGGAGAAGAUUGAUGGCGAGAAGGGAUUAAUUCAAGUUCAGAGAUAGAGGACUAAUUAAUUGCUCAACUUCAGCCAUAAUUUUGAUAUGAUCUGAUCUUGGUGUUGCAUCUGUGUUUGUGAAACUGAAGAAAAGAAUGACUGGGAUUGUCAUGUAGAUGGCUAUAGAAAUGUAAAAAGAACUGACUAAGAAAUGACUGAAGUUUGAGCCUUGCAAUGCUUUGCAAC